CGCACAGCUGAUUCGUCCAACAGCUGCUGAAGUCGACAGCAACAAAAAUAAACCGCAACUGCUGCAAUGACACUAAUUCCACUAUUGACACGUUCCAGCAACCUUUCUCUGCGUUUGCUGUGUACGUUAUCGCCCACAUUCCUAAUCUCCGGACCUUCACAAAUACACAAAUUGGUGCCAAGCUCGUUGCAAUACUCGAAUAUGACUAGUGAACGCAAAAGUGUGUAUGUUACACGUCCCGAUGUUGCGCCAGUAGGCUUAGAAUUGUUGAAGGCGGAGUGUAACGUUAGCAAUUGGUCACAACCGCUACCGGUGCCACGCCAAGAACUACUGCGCCAAGUGGUUGGCAAGGACGCAAUCUACUGUGCUUUAACUGAUAAAAUAGAUGCAGAAGUCAUUGAAAGUGCUGGCCCACAGUUGAAGUGUAUAGCCACGAUAUCGGUGGGUUAUGAGCAUAUCGAUUUGGGUGAGUGCAAAAAACGCGGCAUACGCGUCGGCUAUACACCAGAUGUGCUCACUGACGCAACAGCCGAGUUAACUGUAGCCCUAUUGCUAGCCACCAGUCGACGUUUGUUCGAAGCCAACAAAGAAGUCUACAAUGGCGGCUGGAAAUCGUGGGCGCCCAACUGGAUGUGUGGUCAGGGGCUUAAAGGCGCGCGGGUAGGUCUAUACGGAUUCGGGCGCAUCGGUCAGGAGAUUGCGGCGCGCUUGGUACCAUUCAAACCCAGCUUGCUGACAUACACAACGCGCACUGAACGAGUAGCUGAAGCAGCCAAAGUAAAUGCACAACGCGUUAGCUUCGACGAAAUGUUAUGCGAAUCUGAUUUUAUAGUUGUAUGUUGCGCGUUCACACCGGAGACGAAAGAAAUUUUUAACGCGGCUGCAUUCGGUAAAAUGAAACCAAAUGCGAUUUUCAUCAACACUGCACGCGGUGGCGUGGUGGAUCAGCUUGCGUUAUAUGCUGCACUAAAAGAACGCCGCAUACUGGCCGCAGGUUUAGACGUAACUACGCCGGAGCCGCUACCGCUGGAUGAUCCACUACUUAAAUUGGAAAACGUUGUCAUAUUACCACACAUUGGAAGCGCUGAUGUAAAUACGCGCAUGGAAAUGUCACGUAUAACUGCCUUAAACAUUUUGGCCGGUUUGAAAAGUGAGAAGAUGGUAGCCGAGGUGUCAAUGUGAAAGACCAAACACUUUUAUUAAGGAGUUAAGAAUUGUUACAGUUGAAACAAGUUAUAAGCGGUUCUAAAUAUUUAUAAGACGUUUAGAAACUUCGAAUUAAAAAAAACGCAAUAAUAUAAAUAUA